UCCUAGAUUUGUUUCAUUCUGCCAAUGAUCCCGGUGAGAAAUUCAACGCAAGCAAGAAAGGCGACUCCUACGCCAUGAAUCUAACUCCAGUCAUUCUGUUCAACUACCGUCUCUGGUGCCUCGCAACCCACGAAUCACUGAGCGGCGAGCCCGAAAUUCAAGAUAUCGAGCCUCUGUUUGAGGCUUUCAACCAUGACUUGCGUGUCCACAGGAAGGAAAUCAACCUUAAGUUUGUGAAGGUAGCAAUGAGAACACACCCCAUGUUGGCUGAUGUUUUGGCUAAGCUUGGGAUUGAUAUGUCUAAGGAGAGAGGGAAGGAAGUUGAAUUGGGUGUAGAGAUGGAUGAGGAUGGAGAGGAGCAACUUCCGCCUUAUGAUCCGGGGUGGGGGAGGAGCUAUGAGGAGAAUCUUGUUGGUGGGAUGGAAGAGGUUCGGUUAAAGGGGGAAGAACCUGUUCCAUGUUAUGAGGCUGGGCCUAGUCAGCAGCAUGUUUGGAAAGAGUAAUCGAUUGUGUUCACGUAAGUUGCUAGCUAUUGCAUCACCCUGCCAAACAAGAAUCAAUGUGGGCUAAAUAAGAGUUCUCUCCUCC